AUGGAAGCCCAUCUUCUGGACAUCCCAAAAGGCUUCAAGACCCUUCGCACCAUCCUGUCGUCUGUCAGCAGUCGAGCUAACGUAGUAAAAACACUGAUCCAUCAAACCAAGACUCGGCUUCAGAUUCCUCAUCCAGACAAGAGAAGCUGCUGUGACGUUGCUUUUAUGCUGAAUUCACCAACGAAAUGUCUGAACGGUGUCCUUCAGCUGGUGCUGACCGUGGGUUUGCUGGCCGUGGUCGUCUACCUCUACACUGUGGUGGCCUUCAACUUCUUCAGGAAGUUCUACAACAAGAGCGAGGAUGAAGACGAGCCCGACAUGAAGUGUGACGAUAUGAUGACGUGCUACUUGUUCCACAUGUACGUGGGCGUGAGAGCGGGAGGAGGCAUCGGAGACGAGCUGGAGGACCCGGCCGGAGAUCCAUAUGAACUCUACCGCUUCCUGUUUGACAUCACCUUCUUCUUCUUCGUCAUCGUCAUCCUGCUGGCCAUCAUUCAGGGUUUGAUCAUCGAUGCUUUUGGUGAGCUGAGAGACCAGCAGGAGCAGGUGAAGGAGGACAUGGAGGUAAGACUCGUGUCUGUUCUGUCACUCUUCCUGAUGUACCUGAUCAACAAAGAUGAGACUGAACAGGUAUGCGACAGGACAUGUCUUGGUGGUUUUUAUUAGCUUUUAAUCUCAGGAAAACAAGAGGAAACGCUCCCGUUUCAGUCGGUUUUACUCAGGCAGCGCUUCAACCCACUCAGAAUGUUGCAUAAGUUGGUUUCGCAGCAGGAGAAAGAAACAAUGUGUGGGUUUGCUUUGACAAUUCUGAUGGUUACUGUCGUGCACCUGAGAGUCGAGUUGUUUUUGUUUGAUGUGCGGGUCCUUUAUCACAAAUCUGGUUAGGAAAAAAAAACAGACACAAAUCCAAACAUGUUGAGAGAAAAGGUUUAAAAAGUAACAGAAACAGAGGCGGGCACACAAA